AUUACUAAUUCUUGGGGCCACGGGAUGCUAAUGGAUCCAGUGAAUCGUGGCAGUGCUUGGAGAAAAGGUUUCAAAACUCCAAUUAAUUAUGAUGAUAAUCAGAACUACUGUGGUGGAUUUAACGUACAUUAUUUGAAAAAUAAAGGAAAAUGUGGUCCAUGUGGUGAUGAUUACUCGUUAAAACAGCCACGACCCAAUGAAAAUGGUGGGAAAUUCGGGAAAAGAGUUAUUGUAAAAACGUAUACUGAAGGUCAAUCUUUCACAGCAUCUGUAAAAAUAACAGUGAAUCACAAUGGAUUCUUUAGAUUUGCUAUAUGUCCUCUCAAAAAUGCUCAUGCCAUCGAAACUGAAGAAUGCUUCAGAAAACAUCCUCUUCGUACUUCACAAGGAACAUUUAAAUACAUUAUCAAAAAAUCCAAAGGACCUAAGCAUCAAAAACACGAUGUUAAAUUGACUCUUCCAAAAGGCUUGACUUGUAAACAUUGUUCUCUACGAUGGCAUUGGAAAGCAGCAAACAACUGGGGCUCUUGUAUGAAUGGUACCAGUGCCAUUGGAUGUGGACCACAGGAAACUUUUCGAACUUGUUCAGAUGUUCGAAUUAUCGCGAGAUCAACUAAGAAUAAAAAUAAAAUAGUCUCUAAG